AUGUGGAGCACGCCCUCACUCUCUCUCUCUCCGUCGGCGAAAAACGCCAAAUCAGCGCGCAGAGUCGAUAUCGGCCGGUCGAGAUACGACAGACUCGAGCCAUCGCUGGUUCAGCGGCGGGCUGGCGCAAACUCUCCAGAUAACUACUCGAUCCCAGAGCUCUCCUCGUCCUCUCUCGCGAACCCGGCUUUGCUCGAUGCCGGCAUCAGCGCCGCCAAACGCGCAGCCCUGCUCGCCUCAAUCCCGCCCGAAUGGAUCAUUCCCGCAGACAUCCUCCCUCCAGCCUCCCAGAGCGAUGUGACCUCGUUCCCAGAGGCUUCAGGCUGGUUUACGCCCGCUGAGCUGAAGAUCACGGCCGCUCCCGCCCUUGAGAUAUUGCAAAACACCAGAUCUGGCGUCUGGUCCGCCGAAGCUGUCGCCCGCGCCUUUUGCAAACGCGCCGCGGCUGCACAUCAGCUGACCAACUGUCUGUCCGAGACCCUGUUCCCAGAGGCCAUCGCGACGGCAAAGGCCCUGGACGCCCAUCUCGCCUCCACCGGAACCCCCGUCGGCCCGCUGCAUGGCCUGCCCGUCUCGCUCAAGGACAACUUCAACGUCGCCGGCAAGGACUCGACGCUCGGCUUCAGCGCCUGGGUCAACGAUCCCGCCGCCUUUGACAGCACCCUCGUCAACCUCCUCCGCAAUGCCGGUGCCGUGUUCUACGUCAAGACCAACGUCCCUACCGCCAUGAUGAUCGCCGAGACCGUCAACAAUGUCUUUGGGCGCACGACGAACCCCCGCAACAGGCUAUUGACCUCUGGAGGCUCAUCGGGCGGCGAGUCCGCCCUGAUUGCAUUUGGCGCAAGCCCCUUGGGCGUCGGAACGGAUAUCGGAGGCUCUCUGCGCAUCCCCGCCGCCCUCACCGGCAUCUUCACCCUCCGUCCUUCUUUCGGGCGAUUCCCCAACAUCCUCACCAAAUCCGGGCUUGCAGGCCAGGAAUCCGUUCUCAGCGUCAACGGACCCAUGGGCCCCUCGCUAGCUUCCCUCGCCCUCUUUGCAUCCACCGUCACCAAUUCCCAACCGUGGCUGGUCGAUCCGAAAUGCAUCCCCAUCCCGUGGAGAACCGUUGCGCCUCAAAAGAAACUGAGGAUCGGCAUCACGUGGGACGACGGCAUGGUGCGGCCCACGCCGCCCGUCCGUCGCGCGUUGAAGGAGACGGCGGAGAAACUGCGCAACGCAGGUCACGAAGUCGUUGAUUGGGCUCCGAUCGAUCACGACAAGGCCGCCGAUAUCCUGGAUCGCUUCUUCCUCUCCGACGGCGGGAGAUCCGUCCAGAAGCUCCUCUCCCUGUCCGACGAACCCAUCCGCCCGGAAAUGGAACGCUACGGCCGCGCCGUAGACAGCGGCGUCUACGAGCUCUGGCAGCUCCACACCAUACGAAACAAGCUGCAAAAGGACUACCUGGACCGAUGGAAUGCCGCCGGCCUAGACGCCAUUAUCUGCCCAACCUGCCCCUUCGCCGCCGUCGAACACACAAAAUUCAAACACGUCGCCUACACCGGCGUGUACAACAUCCUCGACUACUCUUGCAUUUCCUUCCCUUGCAACGUCUCCGUGGACGCCAAAAUUGACCUUUCCGUCGCUGGUGAGGCUCCGUUGAGCGUGGUCGACGAGCAGGUUCAGAAUGAAUACAACCCCUCCGCCAUCCACGGCAUGCCCGUCAGCCUGCAGCUCGUCGGGCGGAGGUUGGAGGAAGAAAAGGUCAUCAUGAUGGGUGAAGUCGUCCUGCAGGCCCUUUAG